UCCCCACUCAGACACACAUCACAACAUGGCAGGGUUAGGUAAAGACAGCUACACCAAACUCUACCGCUCCUUCCUGGCCUCUCGUGGCAAGGGAGGGGCGGCACUGGGGCUGUCUAUACUAUUUUUCGAGAACCCUGACGCGGUGGACCCUAACAGCAAGACAGCAGUGAGUCAUCUAAGCGAGAGGACAGAGAUGACCGGCCUGCAGCGACUCAAGCUUAUGUACAGUUACGAUGUGUAUGGAAAUCUCAGCCCCGAACUCUCUAUGGUGAUCCAGAGUGGGCUGAUGGGAGUGUUUAUGGGCACCGUGAUUGGCGGCACAAUGCACUCCAAGGAAAGUUACCUCAGCUUCAUUGAACGCAACCAGGGCACCGCCUUCCAGAACAUCAAGGAGGCUCAGAAGGAACUACAGAACAAGGUCACCGUUGGGUUUGGCCGUGGUGCCUGGAUGGUCGGGUGGCGGCUUGGCUUGUUCUGCAGUACCUUCAUGCUCUUCACCAAUUCUAUAGCAGCAUAUCGAGGCUCGUCUUCCGUUAUAGAGUACAGUGUUGGGGGCUUCCUCACUGGUGCCAUUUAUAAAUUCAAGCUGGGACCAAGAGCCUCCUUAGCUGGGGGUCUCGUGGGCGGCCUCCUGGGCACUGUGGCUGGCAUCGCUAACACUGGAAUCCUCUAUCUAACAGGCACCUCCACAGACCAACUAAGAAAGUUUCACUAUGAGUGGCAAGAAAGCCGGCAAGAGGAGCGUCUCAGGCAGAUAUACACAGCCCGAGACAAGGACCUGGACGUACUCUCCCUGGAGCACGGCACCAAGCUCACAAAGACCCAUGACCCUCUGGCGGGGAUAGACACCACUGAGGCCACCACCACCAAGCAAUGAACACUGUGAUAACGUACCACCUAAGGAACCCCAGAGCGCUCGUGUACAGUCUAUGUUUCCGUUGAUUACCGAUGAAUAUAUUGUGAUGUAGUG